GCAAUAUCGAAGAGGAAUAAAAUCAUUCCAAAUGUUUCUACUUGUGAUUUCAUUUUCUCUUAUCGUAUUUUAUAUUGUAACAACUUUGUUAUCUCCCUAUUUCUAUUGGAAAAAGAGAAGAGUGUCUCAUAUCAACCUCUUGACCAUACUGAAGAGGAUGAUCAUCAUGGAUAAACCUUACUCAGAGAUGAUAAAAGAAGAUUACAAAAAAUUCAAAGGAAAAAGAUAUUUCGGAACCUACCUAUCCAAUUUUCCUGUACUUGUCGUGAGAGAUCUCGAUCUCAUCAAGCAGAUGUUCGUCAAGGACUUCGAACACUUCACCGACAGAUUGGACAUUUUCAACGCUAGAUCCGAUCCAAUAUUCAAGAAUAACUUGGUGGCAGCUAAGGGUAAACAAUGGAAAAGGUUGAGAACCACCCUCAGUCCAGCGUUCUCGAGCUCCAAAAUGAAGGCUAUGUUCGUCUUGAUAGAGGAAUCUGCCAGGAAGUUCGUGGACCACUUUGACGCCAUGAACAUGGAUGUCAUAGAGGUGGAGAUGAAGGAUGCUUUCUCCAAGUACGCCAAUGAUGUCAUAGCUUCUUGUGCCUUCGGGGCAGAGUGCGACUCCUUGAAAAACCCACAGAAUGAGAUAUUUCUUGCUGGAGCUGCGGUAAACCGAACCACUCCUUUCAAAGUGUUGGGAGUGCUGUUUGUCAUACUAUUCCCCAGAUUGAAUAAGUUUUUGGGCCUCAACGUUUUUCCACAGAAAUUCUCGAGGUUUUUCAAGAGCAUAAUAACGAGUAACAUCAAAACAAGAGAAGAAGAAGGUAUAAUCAGACCAGAUCUGAUCCAUCUUCUUAUGGAAGCCAGGACAGGGAAGCUACUCCAGGAUAACUCCAAUCUGGAUGAAGACACUGGCUUCGCAACAGUCUCAGAAAGCAAGGAUCUUGUGAAGUCCGAAACAACGUUGGAAAUAACCGAUGAAGUUAUCACAGCUCAAGCCCUUAUAUUCUUCAUGGCUGGUUAUGAAGCAUCCUCAACGCUGCUCAGCUUCCUUUCCCACGAGAUCGCAACACAUCCAGACGUCCAGGAAAAGCUGAUUAAAGAAUUGGACGAGCAGUUAUCGGGUUCGGAAAGAAUUUCUUUCGAAACAGUAACAAAGCUGAAAUAUCUGGAUCAGGUUGUAACGGAGGCUUUGAGGAAAUGGCCCUCUGCUUUCUUGCUGUUCAGGAAAUGUACCAAGGAAUACACCAUAAAGCCCCAGCGUGAAGAUGAAGCCCCUUUGACGUUACCAAGAGGUUCUCUCACUAUUAUUCCAUCAAUUGCAGCACAUUACGAUCCGACGUACUUCGAGAAUCCAGAAGCUUUCAUUCCAGAAAGAUUCAGCGAUGAAAACAAGAAGAACGUUGUUCCAGGAUCUUAUAUCCCGUUUGGAAUUGGACCAAGGAACUGCAUUGGUUCUCGUUUCGCUUUGUUGGAGGUGAAAUGCUUGGUUGCUAACAUCUUGAGCAAGUUCGAGUUUCAAGUGACGAAAAACACCAAUAUACCCUUGAAAAGGGCGAGAAAUUACGCCUUGUGCAUUGAUGGUGGGGUUUCAUUGGCGCUGAAGAGGAGGAACAAAUAACUGUGGGAUAUCUCUCUAAGAACCCCGCAAUAUUUCUUUCAAUUGAAGUGCACCAAAUAAGAUUUUAUUGUUUUAGUUCUGUGUAUUAAAUUUUUCUCAAUAAACGUUAGAUAC